AAAAGCCGCCCGGUUUGUUUAGUUUCUGCUUUACCGACCGCUGUUUGCACCAGUCGGACAGCAGACGGGACUUAACGCUUAUACCUCAUAUUAACCGAUUGCGUCGCUUUCUGUAACUUCUUGCCAUUUUCUUUUUUGUUUUUUUUUACCGUCGCGAAGACGUUUGUCCGUGAAACUCGCAGCGGUGAUAUCGGUGACACCUGAAGGGUUUUACCCGCCGUACUUCACGUGUCGCUUGCACGAGCUGCAUGUCGAUUCUGUCACGUUAAUAUUGUAGAUACACGGAUUAUUUCCGUGCACACGUAUGCACUCCCCGAUGCUGUGUGCCUGUGGUGCUCUACCGCCAUGUUGGCUUCUCGCGCUCGUGUUUUUUAAGAGGACUUUACAGUGUCGUAAACGCGAUAACAGCGACACAAACCCGUCGGCAAUGACAGAAGACGGUCUUUUGUGUGCACUGAAUGUAUGAAUGAUGUCAAGAAGCGUUGCAAACAUUUAUGUAUCUGUUCGAAACGUCGGAGAGGGCGAGGGCCUUAUUUGUCCUUUGGAUCUUCCCCCCGACGCGUUGCCUCUCUGUGGAAUUAUGUUCGAAUUUUGACACUCCGUGUAAUAUUUUUGAUCGACGCGUACCCAUAAACAAUGCCAAGGCUGUGCUCUUUAUUUUCAUGUAAAUAUCGUGACGGUCCGACGCACUGAAGAUUUUUAAUUAAUUUUUGAAAUAAAUAUAUCGUGUCGCCAGUGACGCACAUCAGACCAACCUCUUGGUACUCGUUCUUUAUUUUGACGUUUUAUUCUUAUUUACCGCGCAUGGAUUUGGUGAUGUAUUGUCGGGUAUGAUACAGAAGACCUUUCUGAACAUUAUGGUUUGUGAGGAGGAGAAGUGCGAGGAAGAGGUUUUUCCCCUGGCCAUGAACUACUUAGAUAGAUUUUUAGCUGUGGUACCCACCAAAAAGUGCAACCUGCAGCUGCUGGGAGCAGUGUGCAUGUUUCUUGCAUCCAAAUUGAAAGAGACCCGUCCAUUAACCGCAGAGAAGCUUUGCAUCUACACAGAUAACUCCAUCAGACCACAAGAACUGCUGGAGUGGGAACUGGUGGUGUUGGGGAAGUUGAAGUGGAACCUGGCGGCAGUGACACCCAACGACUUCAUCGAGCACAUUGUGAGGAGGCUGCCGCUGCCCGAGGAUAAGCUGGCACUUAUACGCAAACAUGUCCAGACCUUCAUCGCCCUCUGUGCCACAGAUUUCGGAUUCGCCAUGCAUCCUCCCUCCAUGAUCGCCACAGGAAGUGUGGGGGCAGCCAUCUGCGGCCUGCAGCUGGAUUCAGCUGACCAGUCGCAGUGGGGCGACAGUCUGACAGACCUGCUGGCCAAAAUCACAAACACAGAAGUGGACGUCCUCAAAGAGUGCCAGGAGCAGAUUGAGCGCGUGUUGGUGAGCAGCCUGCGUGAGGGCCGCCAGCAGCAGCAGCAGCAGCAGCAGCAGCAGACGCAAAGAGGCCCCAGCGGGAAAGGCCUGGACGAGCUGGAUCAGUCCUCCACCCCCACAGACGUGCGCGAUGUCAACUUGUGAACCACCAGAGGGCGAUACUGCACAGGAUUUACAACAACAAAAAAAGCAUCAUGAAAAAAAAUUUUUUUUUUUUUUUUUAAUGCAGAAAAAAAGAACAAAAGAAGAAAAAAUGACAAAAAAAGACACAAGCCCUUUAAAAGAAAAAGAACAAUGCUUGCUAGUUGUUGUUUUUUUGUUUGUAGAUUUUUCUUCAAAUCAAAAACACCUGCCCACAAAAUCAGAUUUCCUACAAUGUUCUUGUCCAAAAGCAAACAAAUUUGAUUGAAGAUGAGCUCUGCGGUGCCUUGGAUAUACAGAAGGGAAGCCAAUCAUAUCUGCAUUCUGCCUUUGAUUGUGUAGUACGAUCGUUAACUUAUAUGAACCCAUGCUAGAAGUUGUGGAAACCAUUCAAAAGAUGUCAUGGGAUCACGGUGGGGCUUAGUUUUUUUAUUUUUUUCUUUCUCCGUUUUUUUUUACAUUAGUAGAAUCACUAACAUUCGUGGCUGAUGCGAGAGAGGACACAAGCUCCUCAACCAUCAGGAGGUCCAUGCGAGAGAGACGGACGAAGCCGUGAGAACAUUAUGUUAAAAGUUGGUGGGUCGCGAUUCCAUGGAAGAGGCGGGAUCAUAAUAAUUAUUGAUAGUAUUAGUAAUUGUUAUGGUUAUUAUAGAUAAUAUCAUUGGAUAUGUUUUUGGAACUGAGUAGUAGAGAUCAAUAAGCUCCUCUUUGUCUGGCUGCUUGUGUGUCAGUUAGGUGUGUGUGUUCAUGUGCGAGCACGGCAGAUAACGAGCAUGCGUGUGUGUGUGUGUGUGGUAUGAAUGCGUCGUGUGAACCUGUAUCUAUGGUAACCACGUGCGUUCUGUGGAGCAAAGUCGAGUCUACACUUAGAGGACUACGUACGAGCUGGAGGAAGCUACACGUAGUAGCAGGGCAUCGAUGCUAGAUCACUGCCUUCAUGCAUUACCGAUGCAUCAUGGUUCAUUGUUGGCCAACAAUAAACUUGUGUGCAUGCACUAUGAGUGAGACGGAUAGAGAUAUAGCGAGGAAGAAUGUGGGGGCGAAGGGACUUUCACUUAGAGCCCCCUUAUCUUUCCGAGAGCAUUUUCCCUGAGGUGGUAAACCUCAGACUUGGAGGUCAUUUGAGGUGUUUGUUUAUUACUUCCAUUCUUAUAAUAAUGAUGCAGAUACUUUCUAGUCACGUUGUUACGAGAUGGUGUUUCCCGAGUUGCGAGAGGCUGCUUCGAGCGCGGACAGACAGUCGUAAUGACCAAUGCGAAUGCGGAGGACAUUGGACUCCACCAGGUGGGGUGUGGAAAGAAUUAGAAAGAGAGGGACAGUUUUUGCAACUAAUAAAAGUCCCCGUUGAACUGUGUGAGGCACGUGACUGCCGAGCACAGGGCUUGUAGGACAGAGAGGGUUCUGGUUGUGCUGCUGUGAGGAGGAUUUGCAGCCAGCGGCCUGAAGAUGACAACAAACUAAAGAUGCCCGAAGGCCUUUAUGAUUAAAAAAAAAACUUUGAUAUCUUCAUAUUUGGCUGGAACCAACAUUCAUCCGUCAUGAUGGAUGUCCACAAUGACAGAGCCGAGUGAACAAAAACAUUCUGGGUUUGUAAAUGGAUAAAACAAGCAAUGCCGGAUCAUGUGUGGAUUAACUUUUAUGUAGGGGGUUUGGUUCGGGUGGGUGGGUGGGGGUGGAGGAGUACAGGAUGAUAAUUUACUGUCAAUGCAUCUGGAGUCCCACAUAGGGCUGUUUAAGCUCCCCUAUAUGAUUUCAAUGGCAAAGCACUUUGAGACCAUGCUCCCCAGGAGAUAAGUAAAUGUGUCGGGUCGUGAUUGGAGGUGAAUGGAUUUUUUUUUUCUUUUUUUUUUUUUUGUUGUCCUUGUUAGCCUUUUCUUUGGUUUACUUUGUAGGGCUGGUUUCCCAAACGUCAGACACACCCUCGUCAAGCAAGAGUCCAAUUAAUAAAAGGCUUUUCCACAACUUGCGACGAGAGGACAUUCCGAUCAAAAAACAAAAAACACAAAAAAAAACACAUUCCUUUUGAAGCAAACGGCGAGUCGGUGGGGAGUCUGAUCACUCAGAGAAUUUGAGCAAAUAUUAAAGGCCGAACUGAUUUGGAAAAUGCCAACAGGCAGAGUUCACUGAUCCACGGGUCCUGUUUGAUUUUAUUUCACUUUUUUAAAAGAAAAAAAAUUAAAUAUUUGUUUCUACUUGAAUUUUUUUUUUUCUUCAUAUUUAUCUGCAUCCCAGCCUCGGAUGAUCACAACAGGGCAGCACCGAGCUACCAGAGGAGGUGGUCGUAACAUCUGAUAUUUGCACAUGUUCUUCAGAGGGCCGUGAGGUUUGAAUUUUUAAGACAGCAGGGCCUUUGGUCGGAGACCAUCUUAACUGAUGUGUGCUUCCGGGGCUGCUCCGUUCUCCGUGGUGCUGGCUUGUGCAUUUCGGGCCGAUCGUCUGUCAGUGAACACGUCCGUCCCCUGUGAGCUUUGCUGCUUCAAAUCAUUGGCGAGGGGGUUCAUCAGCCAAACAGACGUCCGCACCAAACAAGAGACCGAUUUUCUUUUUCUUUUUUUUGCUUUGUAUUGUUUUAAUGAAACACAGAAAGGUGUCUUUGACUCAAUGUUUGAGUCGUUCCUCGACGGCAUGUGCCUUCGCCGAGUGUAUGUCCGUCAAACUGAAGAUAAAUGUGGGGAAUCACGUGUUUUAAGUGAUGUUUUUCAGUAAAACUGGGCAAUUUUAUGACGUAUUUGCCAAAACAUCCCCGUUUGGAUAUUUGAUAUAACCUCUUCAUUUUGCUCUCUCCCAAACGUAAUAGUUGUGAUUUUCUUUCCUGCAAAUGAUUGUUGCAUGUGUUAUAUAUUGAAACCAUCUUUUCAAUUUGUGUUUGAUAUAUUUUAUGGGGUGACCAGACCCACACAAGGGGUUUUCUAAGAUUUAGAGAUACUGUAUUCCAAAGUGAAGAGAGGACAGAAGAGGAGGUGUGAAGACAAGAAAAAAGUGUCAAUAUUUUUAUUGAGUUAUUGUUGUCUUUUUGCGCUGCUAAAAGCUAUGAAUUUGUGUCAUUUAUACAAAAAAAAAAUAACAUUACUUAGUUGUGAUGUGUCACUUGAGUGUGCUGCUAUUUUAUAAACAUGUGUAUUAUAAUAUAAUUAUUUUACUGCUUAAGAGAUACAUUCAGAAAAAACAGAAGUAGAUGGUGAUAGAAGAACAUGAAAUGACUAUUCGACUGGAAAUGUUCUUUGUACAGUUUGCUUAGAUAGCAUGUCUCCUUUCCCUCUUCUUUUAUCUAUUUUGCUCUCCUUCGGUCACAUUCUUCUUCAGUGGUAUUUCGCAUACCUCAGGAUUACUGGACAAAACAAAACACAAGCAAAUCUUAUACCGAUGCCUCUGCGGUUAGUCGCCCGGAGCGCAGGGGGAAACGCGUGCGACGGGGGGUGGAGGGAGAGCGAGGAACGACAGGUUAUUCUUUUUGUGGAUGAUUCCCACUAUUUUAGUGGAGAAACAACUUGCUCAGUGAGAUGGACUUAACCUAUUGGAGGGCGGGCGCAGCAACAUCUCCUGUAUGGGGGGUUAUUUUGUGGAUAGUGCAAGCAUGUUCAUUUUUCUGUUCAUCUUGGUGCUAACAUCUGACUUGUUGUGCACGAGAUGGGGAAACAGCAUUCCUACAAUGGCCAAAGUACAGUUCUUGCUUUAUACAAGCACAAUCACCCUGAAUGUCAGUAAAUAUGGAUUCUGUAUGUAAGAAAAGAAACGUUUUGGUCUGAAACAUUGUUUGUGCACCAUUAUAACUGCCACGUGAGAACAGUUUGAGCUACACCUGUCAUGUCCGACCAUAAAUACUCUGAUAUCUGGAAGUUUCAAUGGUGCAGAUUUCCCUUCUAGCUGCCCCGCCUCCACUAUAACUCAUAUCAUGUACCUCAAAUGUCUGUUGCACAACCUCUGUUCAAUAAACUUCUGCUUUAAAGGGUGUGACACCACAUCAGCUCACUA